CGUGCCCACAUAGAGAAGAAAGUGCGCAACCUGAUGUGUCCUCACUAAGUGAACUACAAAUACAAUACCGGGAAGGUUUCCAGGAAGCCGCAGCGACAAAUUCUUGCAACACACAGGAGGCUGCAUCUGAAGCACUGGAGGAUACAGAUCCCAUUGAAACAUCUCCUGUGAAGACUCCAGCAUCCUUUGAGCAAACGUGCCACGUGGCAGCUAAUGAAACCGUUCCCUUCUCUGCUUCUACUGUUCAGGACACACCGACACAGCUCAUGGCAGAAGGUUUAGAAGGUACCGAUACCAGAAGAGAGGGAGUCCUUGGCAGCUCAUCUGGUGAUCAUGUAUAUGCCAAGUCAGCACUUCACCACAGUCCCCAGAGGCAUGCCAUGGCCCAUGACAUGACACCUGAUGAUAUACAGUUCUACACUGGGCUCUCACAUGAGGUUUUCAUCAACUUGGUGCAUGCUGUUUCAGUAGUUGACCACAAGAAAGGGAGGCAGCUUACCCUGGAGGACCAGGUACUGCUAACCUUGAUGAGGUUACGGCUGGGACUAUUGCUUGGGCACCUCUCUAGGAUAUUUAAGGUGUCUGUGACCUGUGUUAGUAUGACAAUCAUUCGUACAGUGAACAAACUGUGCAAGGUGAUGGAGCACAUUGUUAUGUGGCUGCCUGCUUCUUACAUACAAAAUAGCAUGCCUCAAAGCUUCAAGGAGAAUGGAUACAGUAGUACAACGUGUAUCAUAGACUGCACAGAAGUUCCUCUGCAGCGACCAAAGAAACUGAUGGCCCGAGCCCAAACGUACAGUGCAUACAAGGCAAACAACACCAUCAAGUUUCUGACUGCUAUUGCCCCGAAUGGGUUCAUAAUGUUUGUCUCGCAAGCAUAUGGUGGCAGGGCGUCCGACAAGUUCAUUAUGAGGGACUCUGGAAUAGAGGAGAAGCUUUCCAGAGGCGAUGAAGUAAUGGCAGACAGAGGGUUUUCUCUUAGCCUUCAUUUGCAGGUUGAAGGUGUGAAGCUGAACGUACCUGCUUUCACAAAAGGGAAAACACAGCUCAGUGAGAAGGAAGUCACAGCAACAAGGAGGAUUGCGUCUGUGCGAAUUCACGUUGAGCGGGCAAUUAAUCGGAUCAAGACAUACCGAAUCCUGCAGCAUCCCUUGCCAAUCAAGUCCAAGGAAUUAAUCAGCAAGAUUGUUUUUGUUUGUGCAGGUUUGUGCAACCUAAAGCCUCCACUAAUUAGAGGCUGUGAAACUGAUGCUGAAUAA